UGUUUUGUAUUUUUCUAAUGUGAGAAAUAUCUGUGUUAAAAAAGAUAUUUGUUGUUUUUUGCCUAAUUUUCUAUCUGACAAUUUGCUAGCGCAGCACAUGUACGUCAGAAAAAUGAGGCUGGUGAGCAAAAAUUUUGAUAAAGGCGCACAGGGCUCCGUGACGCUGAUACCAGAGGAGCCCGAAGACAUGUGGCACACAUACAAUCUUAUAUCCGAAGGCGAUCAAGUGCGCAGCACAACCAUACGAAAAGUGCAAAAUGAAUCGGCAACCGGCUCGUCGACCAGCAGUCGUGUACGCACCACACUUACCAUAAGCGUAGAGUCCAUAGACUUCGAUACGCAAGCAUGCAUGUUGCGCCUGAAAGGACGGAAUAUUGAGGAGAAUCAAUAUGUGAAGAUGGGUGCAUAUCACACACUCGAUUUGGAGUUGAAUCGAAAAUUUGAACUGCGCAAAGCCGAAUGGGAUACCAUAGCGUUGGAGCGCAUUGAAAUGGCCUGCGAUCCAACACAGUCCUCCGACUUGGCGGCGGUCGUAAUGCAAGAGGGUUUGGCGUAUGUGUGCCUAAUCACGGCCAGCAUGACGCUGGUGCGCUCGAAGAUCGAAGUGUCGAUACCGCGCAAACGUAAAGGACACACUCAACAGCAUGAGAAGGGUUUGGUGAAGUUCUACGACAGCGUCAUGCAGGGCAUACUCAGGCAUGUGAAUUUCGAUAUUGUCAAAUGUGUGCUAUUGGCAUCACCGGGUUUCGUGCGUGAUCAAUUCUUCGAAUAUAUGUUUCAACAGGCUGUGAAGAUUGAUAUCAAAGUAUUGUUGGAUAACAAGAGUAAAUUCAUACUCGUACGCUCGUCGUCCGGCUUCAAGCAAUCGCUAAAAGAGGUGCUGCAAGAUCCCAGUGUUAUGGUGAAAAUAUCCGAUACGAAAGCCGUGCGAGAAGUCAAAGUGCUCGAGCAAUUCUACACCAUACUGCAUACUGAGCCGGCGCGUGCAUUUUACGGUAAGAAGCAUGUGCUGGAGGCAGCCAAGGCGAUGGCGAUAGAGACAUUACUCAUUUCGGAUAAUCUCUUCCGUUGCCAAGAUGUCAGCCAGCGUAAGGAAUAUGUUAAUCUCGUCGAGUCGGUGCGCGAGGCCGGUGGCGAAGUUAAAAUAUUCUCCAGCAUGCAUAUUUCUGGCGAGCAACUCGCCAACCUCACCGGCAUUGCGGCUAUUCUACGUUUUCCCAUGCCGGAGCUGGACGACAGUGCUGAUGAAGAUGAUGAUGAUGAGGAUGAUGACUCGGUCGAUACAGAAUAAUGAUUUUUAGGCUUAGCUUUAGUUCCGCUUUUAAAUAUAAAUAAAUGUAUGUUAAAAAAUGUAGGGAUAGGAAAAUAAUAUUAUGCAAUCAAAGAAAACAUUUUGGCUCCCAUUAAAACUUACCAACUUAAAUGACAGUAAA